AGUAGACACUGUUGGUUCCUAGUUGUCUCAUUGCUACCGGCAUAAUCAGUAUUACUUGAACCUCACCUCAGAACAGUACGAGUUUUGCCAUUCGAACUGUGGAAAGCAACGAGAAUACUAAUAACUCCUUUUUAAGUUCAAAGUCCAUUACGCUGUCGAAUCGUUCAAUUCGCGGUCGACCAACGCAUUCUAAUUUUAGAAAUAUGGCACUUCGAUCACUCGCGAAGACUAGGUUUCUGCAUCACUUGCGAGGGUACACUGCAUCCGCUAUCAAAUCUGAACCGUUAUCUGCGGCACUGAUAACGCCUUCACCAGGUCAUUGCCAGCAGCAACACUUUCGCACUAUUCACCAAGGAAAGCAUUUGCGAAAGGCGGUCAGUGUCAGUGUCAGUGAGCCUAUCGGGAACUCUUCCAGAACGAUUAGGUCGGUCGCUUAUCUUGAUCAGAAAGGUGAUAAGUUGUUGGUGGUGGAGUUGGUCAAUGGUCAACGGUACGAGUUCCCGCUGGUUUGGCUACGCGAUAACUGCCAAUGUUCGGAGUGCUUUCAUCCGGGAUCGCACAGUCGAAUCCUGAACUGGGAGUUGUUCGACGUGGAUGGUGUGGAGUUGAAGAGGUGUUCAGUGAGUGAUGAUGGAGGACGAGUGCAGUUAUUAUGGAGCGAUGGGCAUAGGUCAGAGUUCACCAGUGAUUGGUUGCUCGACAGGAACUUCACUGGAGAGAACACCAAGGAAUAUUUGGACGAGUGGUACAGACCUCCGCCUCAAUUGUGGCGAAAGGAGGAAUUCAGUGGAAUUAUGAAGAAUUUCGAGUUCAAAGAUGUUAUCAAUAGUGAUGAUGCGUUGCGCGGGUGGAUCGAAGCGUUGAUACGGUAUGGUACCGUGAUGAUCAAGAAUGCACCGUUGACGGAGCAGGAGUGCCGGCGAUUGGCAGAACGCGUUGGAUUUAUACGCAAGACGCAUUACGGCGAAGAAUUCAUCGUCAAAGCCAAGGAGGGCACCAGCAACGUUGCGUACCUGUCCACUCCGCUUCAGAUGCACACCGAUCUGCCCUACUACGACUACAAACCGGGCUGCAACCUGCUGCACUGUCUUGUUCAAUCCCGUUCUCAGGGAGGUCAAAAUCUACUUGCGGAUGCUUUCUACGUGGCUGAUCUGAUGCGUCGAGAGUACCCGAAGGACUUCCGGUUGUUGAGUGAAACGUUGGUCAAUUGGACGGACAUCGGCGAGGACGAAGGCGGACAAUUCCAUAGCAUUUAUAGGGCGCCGGUCAUUUGCGUUGGUCGAGACGGGAAUCUCGAGCGAAUCAAUCACAGCGUUCCGCAGCGGGAUAGCUUCUUCAACGUGCCGCUGGAUCGGGUUCAGCCUUGGUACCGCGCAAUGGCCCGAUUUGUCAAGUUGAUUCAUCAGGAGGCUGUGGAGUUCAAGACGAUGCCUGGGGAUAUCCUGACAUUCAGUAACGUUCGGAUGGUCCAUGGACGUACGGGGUAUACCGACACGGAGGUCAAUACCCGCCACAUCGUGGGGGCGUACCUUGAUUGGGACGAGAUCUACUCGAAGCUGCGGGUCUUGAAAGGGCUUGACGCUGCGAGGAAGAAGGAUAUGUGAGAUUGAACUGAGCACAUGUAGGAUUUAAAUUUUCAAGCGAAUUUUUAUUCCUUUACUUUCGACACUGAGAACGUCGUACACUUAUGUUAGGUAAUAACCGUGGAAGAAUCUAGUUGCUUCGUAAAUUGAUUAUUUGCACACAUAGCAGACCGGAAGGGGACAGAACAUUCUACAUAUUAAACAGUUCUGGUUACGAGAUUUAACUUUAAAGUAGAUCCUAAUUAAGUCUAAAACGGAAAUGAUACACUGUAAUAAAAUUCACCGUAAAAUCACAAUACUUUUUUGAAAGCCCAACGUUUCUCUCUCUCUCUCUCUGUCUCUGUUGGGCCUGAACGCGAAAAUUUGAAAAAAUUCCUACUGUUCAAAAACUAUACACAGUUGUCUAAGCGCUAAACGAUGAGGAAACUAAAAGUCAAUCAACAGUGUAACUCUAGAAGGAGGAUUGCGGGUAUAAUCGAUUAUUGCAGUUUGCCAUGCGAGCGAGACGGAGGAAAGAAAAGUUUCCCACCUUUCCCACCUAGCGCGAAUAAAGUAUGUUCGAUGCGUUCGCUAGCAUUUUAAAUUGGAUUAUUUUAAGUAAAUCGUUUAAGCACCUAGGUUUGUCUGUACUAACAAUUAUUUGUUAAAAUAGGACUAAUCGACGGAUUGAUUUACGAUUUGAAUUGAUUUCUAAACAUACAUGUGAAGUUAUCGGGAUAGUAAUUAUUGAAAAUGGUUGGAGUUUUGAAAGGACAGAAUUGGUUAUAUGAGAUAACAAAUCACAAAAACUAUUCUACACACCCUUCAACCAAAUUUCCAACAUUUGGUUUCUGGUGAAAUAUGUUUUAAAUACACGAAUUAGGGAGGAUUAAUAAAACAUAAGGCACUGCACACAAAAACAAAACCAAAACUUAUAAAGAAAGAAAUAAUGAAAAGUCGGAAGUGGGAGAAAAUCAAAGGAAAGCGGUGCAAAAUAGAAACGGAAUGCACUAAAAACGUACACGAGAAACAAACUGAUAAAUGUGGUGCACUAAAAAACUCUUUGAAUUUCAACAUCAUACAUUGAAAUGCAAGAACUUUCCGCCUUAUCAUACAGUUAUUACUAGUUCUUUGAAAAACGGGGUUAAAUGUGUUGUUAAACAAAAGUUAAUUGCAAAUUUGUAACGUUUCUUAGAGCAGUCUGCAGGAUCGCCACUGAAACGAACCUUUCGAGUUGCUGCUCACUAUAAACUACAGAUAAUUCCGCACCUGCUAGAUUCUUUUUGGCCUAAACGAUUGAUUGUGGUGAUCUUUGAUUUUUAUUUCCAAACGGUUCACGAAAGACACUUACUUCGACAAAAAAA